AUGCCUGUUCGGAAACAAGACGCUUAUCGAGCACUAGAAUUGCUCGAAGAAUAUUAUAACCGUCUUGAUUCACCAGAAGAUAAACCAUUAAAAAAUGCCAUAGAUAGAGUUAUUAAAGUUUUUAAAAGUCGACUUUUCCAAGCACUACUUGAUAUCCAAGAAUUUUAUGAAUCAAUAUUACUUGAUGAACAACGUGACCGUACAGCUAAAAUGGAUGCAACACUUCAUUUAGCUGAAGAAUGGGAAAAACAACCAAUGCUUAAACGAAAUAUACGAAAUGGUACACCAACAAUCGAAUCACCAAUGAUAGUACCCAUAGCUACAAAUAAUACAAUGCCUCGACCAACGAAUAUCAAAGAAAAUAGUAAACGACAAGCAACACCAACAAUACUCUCUCCAAUGACUGAUAUACCUGAUGGAAUUCAGAAUAAUCGUCCAGAUACAUCAGCAUUAAAUUCACCUACAGAUAUAACACAAUUUAAUUAUGAUGAUCAUUGGCAAGAAAUUGAAAUUGAUCUUGAACGACCACCUGGUGUUGGUCUUGGAUUUUCAAUUGCUGGUGGAACCGAUACACCUUGUAUUAGUGAUUCUCCAGCUGUUGUUGUAACACGUAUUACUGAAGGUGGUCUUGCUGAUCGUGAUCAACGAUUAAAACUUCAUGACAUUAUUUUACGUGUUAAUAGUAUGGAUUUCACUCAUAUAGAACAUCAAGCAGCUGUUGAUGGACUUAAAGCAGCUGGUAAUCAUGUUAAUUUAUUAAUUCGUCGAUUAGCGCCACCUAUUAUGGAAGAGAUUCAAUUAAAUAAGCCAUCAAAUGCACAUUUAGGUUUUUCCAUUGCUGGUGGUAUUAGUCAUGAACAUGUUAAAGGAGAUUAUGGUAUAUUUAUAACAAAUAUAAUUCCAGGUGGAAUUGCUGAUAAAAAUGGACGUUUAAAAGUUGGUGAUCGUCUUAUGCAUGUACAAUCAUUAAAAAAUGGUUAUGAUUUACAAUUUGUUGAACAUAAACAUGCUGUUGAAUCAAUUCGACGUGCAUGUGAUGAAAGUCAAACAAUAACUUUAUUAGUUGGUCAUCCAACAGAUUAUCCAGGUAUAACAGAUACAACAAUCCAACCUACAAAUGGACAUCGUUCACCAAUACAAAAUGAAGAACAAGGAGAUUUUCCAUUGGAACGUCGUGUUUUACUUCGUCGUAGUCAGAAUGGUUUUGGUUUUAAUAUUGUUGGUGGUGAUGGAGAAGAAGGCAUUUAUAUAUCAUUUAUACAAGCGGGUGGUAUUGCUGAUAAAUCUGGUGAAUUGCAUAAAGGAGAUCGUAUAUUAUCAGUUAAUAAUAUUGAUUUUCGUGGUGUAACUCACGAAGAGGCAGCAGCGGUGCUGAAAAAUUGUGGUGAUACAGCUGAUUUACAUGUUAUUUAUAAAUAUGAUGAUUUUAUUCGAUUUGAAAAUCGUAUUGAUGAACGUCGAAGUAAAAUGACAGGUGAAAUAGCUGGUAGUACAGGUAGUUUAAAAACAUCAACAAAACGACAAUUUUUUGUUCGUGCGGAAUUUGAUUAUGAUCCUUCAAAAGAUCCAAGUAUACCAGGUGAUCGUGGUUUAUCAUUUCGUGCAGGUGAUAUUCUUUAUGUAACAAAUGCAGCUGAUGAUUCAUGGUGGCAAGCUAAACGUAUAACUGAUGGACAAGAAGAAGAAGAAUUAGGAAUAAUUCCAUCGAAAUCAAGAGUCGAAAAAAAAGAACGUGCUAGACAAAAACGUGUCAAUUUUAAUCAAGGAAGUAAUAGUCGAAGUAAUACACUUGAUCGAGACAAAAAGAAAAAGAAAAAAUUUGGUUUAUUUGGAAAAAGUGGAGAUAGAAAAGAUACACAAUCAGGUGAUGAUUCAGAUAAUGAACAAGAUAAUCUGGAACCUGUACCAUCAUAUGAAAUGGUUACUCAACAUGAAGUAAAUCAUACAAGACCAAUUAUCAUCUUUGGUCCAUUUAAAGAACUUCUUAAUGAUCAACUUCUCAAUGAUCAUCCAGAUAAAUUUGCUAAUUGUGUACCUCAUACAAGUCGACCUAAACGUGAAAAAGAAGUUGAUGGACGUGAAUAUUAUUUUGUUCCAUCACGUGAACAAAUGGAAAGAGAUAUACAAAAUUAUUUAUUCAUUGAAGCUGGAGAAUAUGGUGGAAAUCUUUAUGGUACAAGUGUUAGUGCUGUUCGAGAAGUUGCUAAUGCUUCUAAACAUUGUAUUUUGGAUGUAAGUGGUCAUGCUAUACGACGUUUAAUUACAGCUGGUCUUUUUCCAAUUGCUGUUUAUGUUAAACCACGUGAUGUUAAAUGGAUUUUAGAUAAUAUGGGAGAAGAAGCAAAUGAAGAACGUGCUCAACAAAUGUAUGAAAAAGCAAUAAAAAUUGAACAACAAUUUGGCGAUCUUCUUACAACUGUUGUUGAAGAAGAAACAUUAAGUGAUGUAUAUGAUCAUAUAUGCGCAGUUAUUGAUCGUGAACAAUCACUUGAAUAUGUAUGGAUACCAUCAAAAGAAAAACUCUAA